AUUCCAGCUCAUCCCAGCCUUCUGUCUGAGGUCAUCACAGGUGGUCCAUGAAGUUUCCUAAUGCAGUGAAGUGUUUUUGAAGGUAUUUGACCAACAGAACAUGAGGCAUGGAAGAGUUCUAAGGUUAUCAGCUGCUUUGGGCUGAGCAUCAUCAUCUUUGCCCAAGUGGAUUCAGGCUUCCAAGACAGACCUUCAGACAGUCCAAUGGCAGACCAAAGGAUGGACAUAUCUUCUACAAUUAGUGACUUUAUGUCACCAGACCCUGCUGACUUGAUCUCCAGUUCCCUUAGCACUUCAGGAAUGGACUGUAAUAGGAAAAGAAAGGGAAGCUCAACUGAUUAUCAACUCGAUGGCUUUCCUUUUGAGGAAGGUAUGGAUACAGAUAAAGAUGACCAACAUGGCAGAUUGGAGUAUGCAGACCAGCAAGGCAGGAUAAAAAAUGCAAGGGAGGCUCACAGCCAGAUCGAGAAGCGGCGCAGGGAUAAGAUGAACAGCUUCAUCGACGAGCUGGCCUCGCUGGUGCCCACGUGCAACGCCAUGUCCCGCAAGCUGGACAAGCUCACCGUGCUCAGGAUGGCUGUCCAGCACAUGAAAACACUUCGUGGUGCUACAAACCCAUAUACAGAAGCAAACUACAAGCCUGCUUUUCUAUCAGAUGAUGAAUUAAAACACCUUAUUCUCAGGGCAGCAGAUGGAUUCCUUUUUGUGGUGGGCUGUGACAGAGGAAAGAUACUGUUUGUUUCAGAAUCUGUCUUCAAGAUCCUCAACUACAGUCAGAAUGAUUUGAUUGGUCAAAGUUUAUUUGAUUAUCUCCAUCCUAAAGACAUUGCCAAAGUGAAGGAGCAGCUCUCUUCUUCUGACACCGCGCCACGAGAAAGACUUAUAGAUGCAAAAACCGGACUCCCGGUCAAGACGGACAUCGCGCCCGGGCCCUCGCGCCUCUGCUCCGGGGCACGGCGCUCCUUCUUCUGCAGGAUGAAGUGCAACAGGCCCUCUGUCAAGGUAGAAGACAAGGAUUUCCCUUCAACCUGCUCGAAGAAGAAAGCAGACCGCAAAAGCUUUUGCACUAUUCAUAGCACAGGCUACUUAAAAAGCUGGCCUCCCACAAAGAUGGGCCUGGACGAAGAUAACGAGCCCGAUAACGAGGGCUGCAACCUGAGCUGCCUUGUGGCCAUCGGGAGGCUCCAUCCCCACGUGGUGCCGCAGCCGGCGAACGGCGAGAUCCGGGUGAAGCCCACCGAGUACGUGUCCCGGCACGCCAUCGACGGCAAGUUCGUCUUUGUAGAUCAGAGGGCAACAGCCAUCCUGGCAUACCUACCCCAGGAGCUUCUAGGUACUUCGUGUUAUGAAUAUUUCCAUCAAGAUGAUAUAGCACAUCUUGCAGAAUGUCACAGACAAGUUUUGCAGACAAGAGAAAAAAUCACAACUAACUGCUACAAGUUUAAAAUAAAAGAUGGCUCUUUUAUUACGUUGCGGAGUCGCUGGUUCAGUUUCAUGAACCCUUGGACCAAAGAAGUAGAAUACAUUGUCUCCACAAACACAGUGGUUUCCACCGCGGGCCUGGAGAGCGGGGACGCGGCGUUCCCGCAGCUGGCGGCGUCCCCACACAGCAUGGACAGCGUGCUGCAGGCUGGAGAAGGUGGCCCCAAAAGGACCCAUCCCACUGUGCCUGGAAUUCCAGGUGGAACAAGAGCUGGGGCAGGUAAAAUAGGGAGGAUGAUUGCUGAAGAAAUCAUGGAGAUUCACAGGAUAAGAGGAUCAUCCCCUUCCAGCUGUGGCUCAAGUCCCCUGAACAUCACCAGCACGCCCCCGCCCGACACGUCCUCGCCAGGAGGGAAGAAGAUCUUGAACGGUGGCACUCCAGACAUUUCUUCAGCUGGGCUGCUGUCUGGGCAAAUCCAGGAUAAUUCUGGCUACCCAUAUUCCGACAACUCCUCUAUCCUGGGGGAGAACUCCCACAUCGGCAUGGACAUGAUCGACACGGAGCAGGGCUCCAGCAGCCCCAGCAACGACGAGGCGGCCAUGGCGGUCAUCAUGAGCCUGCUGGAGGCCGACGCGGGGCUCGGCGGCCCCGUGGACUUCAGCGACCUGCCCUGGCCCCUGUGAGGAGCCGGCAGCCAAGUGCAUUUACUGCCGGGGCUCCGCGGAACCCGUGGGACUGAGAGGCUUUUAUGUGGGAACUUCAUAAAAGCUGCGUCAGAAUGCGACUCAUCCUACCAUGUGUAACUUCAGACAAAGUGGAAUAACCUGCUACAGUGUUCUGUGUUGAUUUGGUUAGCUGUGUAUAGCUUGCAAUACUUGUAUAUUUUGGAUUCUGUUGUUUGAAAUUUUUUUUAAAUCACUGUGCGACUCACUGGCAUCAGUGGUAGCUUUUAUAUGCAAAUGACCAUUUCAGAUGUAUGGUGUGUUUUUACACUGCAAAACGGUCCCCAUGUGGAUAUUUCUUAUACUAAUUGUACCAUAAAGCCGUUUAUUCUUUCUUGUAAGAAUCCUUUACUAUAAAUAUUGUUAAAGUGUAAUGUAUUAGACAGUUAAAUAUUUUUAAAAUAAAUGUUUCCCUUGUUCUAAGAUGGAGCAUUUACUUUGAUAAAUAAAUUUGAUAAAACCCUGCUGAAGGUGCAUGCUAGAAGCACUUGGUAUUUAUCAUUUCUUUAGCCUUGGGAGAAGAGGGAGGAAAGCCAGUGCCUUACCUACACUUACAUGCCUUUGUCAUUACAAUAUUCCCAGAGCAGCUAUUGUUACUUACUCCUAGAUCCACGUUGAUCCUGAGAAAAGCACAACAGGCAGCUGUGUUGAAAUGGGC